AUGUCACAGCCAGUCGCACUCAUAACGGGCGCCGCCUCUGGCAUGGGCCUGGCUUUGACGGAGCACCUAGUAGCCAAAGGCUGGCGGGUUGUGAUGGCCGACGUGAAUGAGGAAUCCGGCACCAAAGUCUCGAAGAAAUUUGGAGACAAGGUUCUCUUUCAAGCCAUAGAUGUCCGUUCAUAUCCGCAACAAGCACGUCUAUUCAAGGCCGCCUUUGAAUGGGGAGGCAGCCGACUAGAUUACUUUGCUGCAAAUGCCGGUAUUGCCGACACUCAGUUUUUGUACAGCAAAACCGAACAGCUGGAUGAGAAUGGACUGCUGGAGCCCCUCCGACUUGACUCCUUAGACGUGAGUCUUACUGCCGUCAUCCAAGGCAUUUGGCUUUACAAGCACUAUGUCCGUCAGAACAAGGUUCCUGGCGGAAAAGUUGUUGUCACCUCAUCCUCAGCCGGGUUAUAUCCAAUGAAAUCAAAUCCCAUAUACACAGCUGCCAAGCAUGCACUUGUCGGGCUGGUCAGGGCUUUGGGGCCUGUUUUUGCAAAGGAGAACAUUCAAGUUAAUGCUAUAUGUCCGGCAUUUGUACCGACUGCGCUUUGCCCGCCACAUGUGCUAGACAAAUUUCCAAAGGAACAUAUCACGCCCAUGACGACCGUAAUCAAAGCUCACGAUACAUUUAUCAAGGAUGGGUCGCUUUAUGGACAAACAGUUGAGUUGAGCCUGGAUCAGUUGUACUUUCGCACGCAGCCUGAAUUUCCGAAUGAGAGCCAGCGCUGGUUGGCGGAGGACUCGCUCGGUUUCUGGGAGGAGGCAUAUAAAGACUCUUAA